AUGGUUCCUCCUCUGCUUCCGAGACAUGUAACUGCAGUUAUAAAAUGUCAGAGAGAUCCAAUGAAAGCGUUAGAAAUGUUCAAUUCGAUGAAAAAGGAAGAAGCUUUCAAGCAUACUCUAUCUACUUACCGCAGCGUGAUCGAAAAGCUCGGAUCUUUCGGCAAAUUCGAGGCCAUGGAAGAGAUUUUAUCCGAAAUGCGGCAGAAUGUUGGUAACCAUAUGCUUGAAGGGGUUUACGUUGGAGCAAUGAAGCAUUACGGUAAGAAAGGGAAAGUUCAAGAAGCUGUGAAUGUGUUUGAAAGGAUGGAUUUUUACGAUUGUGAGCCAACGGUUUUCUCUUACAAUGCUAUCAUGAGUGUGUUGGUAGAUAGUGGAUACUUUGAUCAAGCUCACAAGGUGUAUAUGAGGAUGAGGGAUAAAGGAAUCACUCCGGAUGUGUACUCGUUUACGAUUAGGAUGAAGUCUUUCUGCAAGACGAGUAGGCCUUUUGCGGCUUUGAGGCUUCUUAACAACAUGGCUUCUCAAGGGUGUGAGAUGAAUGUGGUUGCGUAUUGUACUGUGGUUGGUGGGUUUUAUGAGAUGGGUUUAAAGGCAGAGGCUUUUGAGUUGUUUGGGAAGAUGAUUGAGUCUGGUGUUUCUCUUUGCGUUAGUGCGUUUAACAAAGUUGUACAUGUUCUUUGCAAGAAAGGAGAUGUUAAAGAAUGUGAGAAGCUGCUGGGGAAAGUUAUCAAGAGAGGCGUUUUGCCGAAUCUGUUUACUUAUAAUCUUUUCGUUCUGGGGCUUUGUCAGAACGGUGAGCUUGAUGCUGCUGUGCGUAUGGUGGGUUGUCUUGUAGAGCAGGGACCAAAACCUGAUGUGGUGACGUAUAACAAUCUGAUAUGUGGGUUAUGUAAGAGCUGUAAGUUUCAGGAGGCUGAGUUUUACUUGGGGAGAAUGGUGAAUGAAGGGCUUGAGCCUGAUGGUGUUACCUAUAACACAGUGAUUGCUGGAUAUUGCAGAGGUGGAAUGGUGCAGGUUGCGGAGAGGAUACUAGGUAAUGCUGUUUUCAAUGGGUUUGUGCCUGAUGGGUUUACAUAUCGCUCCUUGAUCGAUGGAUUGUGUCAGGAAGGUGAAACAAACCGUGCUUUGGCCUUGUUUAAUGAGGCAUUAGGGAAAGGGGUUAAGCCUAACGUGAUUCUUUACAACACGUUGAUUAAAGGAUUGUCUAAGCAGGGUUUGAUUCUUGAAGCUGCUCAGCUGGCGAGUGAAAUGUCUGAGAAGGGUUUGGUUCCUGAGGUACAGACUUUUAACAUACUCGUGAAUGGGUUAUGCAAGAUGGGAUGUGUUUCUGAUGCUGGUGGUCUAGUGAGAGUCAUGAUCUCCAAAGGCUACUUUCCUGAUAUAUAUACGUUCAACAUUUUGAUUCAUGGCUACUCUACACAGCUGAAAAUGGAGAGCGCGCUUGAGAUGUUAGAUGUUAUGUUGGACCAUGGCGUUGAGCCAGACGUGUACACUUACAACUCUCUGUUGAAUGGUCUCUGCAAGACUUCGAAGUAUGAGGAUGUGAUGGAAACGUAUAAAACGAUGGUGGAGAAAGGCUGUGAUCCCAACUUGUUCACGUUUAAUAUACUUCUGGAGAGUCUUUGCAGAUACAGGAAACUAGAUGAAGCCUUGGGGUUGCUUGAGGAGAUGAAAAGCAAGAGUGUGAAUCCAGAUGCAGUUACGUUUGGAACGUUGAUAGAUGGUUUCUGCAAAAACGGAGACUUGGAUGGAGCUUACUCUCUGUUCCGGAAGAUGGAAGAGGUUUAUAAGGUUUCAAGUUUGACAGCAACGUAUAACAUCAUCAUUCAUGCUUUCACUGAGAAGCUGAAUGUUACUAUGGCGGAGAAGCUUUACCAAGAGAUGGUUGAUCGUUGUCUUGCUCCUGAUGGAUACACAUACAGGCUUAUGAUUGAUGGCUUUUGCAAAACGGGAGAUGUGGAUUCGGGGUACAAGUUUCUACUGCAGAUGAUGGAGAAUGGGUUUGUUCCAUCGGUCACAACACUUGGACGUGUGAUAAACUGUCUUUGUGUGGAGGAUAGAGUUUACGAGGCUGCUGGUAUUGUACAUCGGAUGGUCCAGAAAGGACUUGUCCCCGAGGCUGUGAACACAAUUUUUGAUGUUGACAAGAGGGAGGUGGCUGCUCCGAAGCUCGUCUUGGAGGAUUUGUUGAAGAAGAGCUGUAUUACGUAUUAUGCUUAUGAACUUCUUUUUGAUGGCCUUAGAGAUAAACGGCUACGCAAGAAGAAGGGUUUCACAGUGGUAGCCAUGUGA